CGCCCGUGUCAAUCUUGACACGACGAGCUUUACUCAACUUUGAAAUGCACAGCGGGAGCAGGCUCAUCAAUCAGCGGUUAACAAUACUAUGGUAUAUAAUGCAAUUAAGUCUUCAGUUGUUGAUGUCAAUACUUUCGUACAGUGCUGUAUUUUGUAUGUCAUCGACAAGUUUUAGGAAAAUAAGAAACACAAUGAAAACGAAAAAGUUAAUGGUUAAUGGAAUAUACGUAUAUAAACAAAUGGAUUUCGCGCGAAAGUCAAAUAAUUCUAAGCAGUGGACAUGGCGGCAGAACGAUCACCGCCAGGUCCACUGCAAUUGAACCAGGUUUUCGGACGUUCUCUCAAUCCCUUGAAGAAAUGGUAUGCCUUAUCAAGCGACUGGUGCUACAGGAUAAGAGAAUUUAUGAUUAGCGACUGGUAUGAGCUAUUAUCCGAGGACAUAGUCGAAGUCCGUAUAAGCGAACUAACAUGCAGCGAGAGAAGACGAGUUCCUCUAGAAUGGUUUGGCUCUGCCAGAAAGAAAGACUCGGUGGUUGUUGCUACUUUGUUUGGAAUUCUUGGGAGAGACAUGAGACGGAAAAAGCCUGGUGAAUCUACGUUCUUCAAGUCUUCUGAAUUCUUGCUUCUGAAAGAAAUGAUUAACGCGAUCUCUCUUCAUGGAAAAAUGGCGGGAAGCCAUSUUGACCAAAGUCCUGAGGCGGGAAAAACUAUGUUCGAGAGUCUG